UCUACGACAACUCCUUCCAGACCUCAAAACCCUAAAACCAGCAAUGCCAUUCCUUCAGCUUCAAUCCCUCUCUCACCUCAAACCUAUCAUUCCAUUUCACCCCCACGUAAAGCCCCUAGAUUUCAUUCCCAAACUAACCCGCAAGAACCCUAGAAAUGCCUUCUCAGUGCUCUCAUGCUCAGCCACCGAGCAAGAGCUCCUCCAAGCCGUGUUGGAGUCCGACGAGAAGGCCCUACCGUGCGUGAGAGCCUACGAGACCGACUUGGCUCGGCUGGUUCUGGCCGGAGCUGUCGACCUCGAGCAGGCCUUGACCGCAGCAGCGGCUGACGGCGGUGAAGCUGCCGCCGAGCACAUCGAUUCCGGCAUGCCCGCUAUGGUUGUCGAGACCGUCUUUCCUGGCCCUUCGGACGAGCGCAGCACCGUCUCCACCCGGCUGUUUUUGCCUGCUCAAAGAGUCAAAGAAAAAGCCAAAAAGCUCAGAAGGUCUAUCCCAGAAGUUAUGCUGACAAGCACUACAUCUAGAAAUAUUCUUUCCAUGACAUUUAGACAAGUAGUUUUGCAGCAGCUUUGGAACUUUGAGCUUGUUGUCUUUAGACCUGGCUCAGAAAGAAACAUGGAGGAUCUUGAAAACCCGAGAGAGCAGGUCCCUGAAUCUUUUAGCCUCACCUCUUCAGAUGAAAGGGUUAUCUCUGUACUUGCAGAAGCUGUUUGCCUUUCUGCUCUUCAAAGCACUGAGAAGCAUUUCCUUGAUAAUAUAUUGGGUAAUCUUUCAAGUAAUUUCUUCCGUUGGUUUCGAAAGCCCAAAAGGAUUGCAUCAAAGGAUUCUUCGGUCAUCAUAUACCAAUUAUUUGAGAAUGAUGUAGUUGAAAAUGCCAAGACUCUGUUAGAAAAUUUUAAUUCAACAAAGGAAAGCUUUAAGACCAAGAAAACAGAAUCAAAUCACCAUUGGUGGCUGCCAUUAGGAUACGCUGAAUUGGAAAAGAUUGGUGGUCCAGAUUUCAGUGCUUGGACAAGUGAGUAUGUUCCUGCUUAUAGGCUACAGAUUGACACCGAUAGACUCAGAAAUAUUAAAUUUAAGGGCUGGAAAAAUUCUGCACAGAAUCGGUGGGAAGUACUUCUUACCCACUCCCAAAUGGUUGGAUUGGCGGACACUUUAGAUAUGUACUAUGAAGAUAUUUACUCACUGCCCAAUAAACAGCUAUCAUGUGGCCUGCCUGCAAAUUUUGCAAACUUGUCCAACAAAAAGAGGAGCUCUUCGUUGUUGAAAAUGCUAUCUGUUGGCCUUGCGAGUGGAGUUUUUCUGGUUCUAAUCAGUGCUUUCAGUCAACUUGGUUUGCCUUAUCUAAGCAGAGGAAGGUACCCUGCAGAACAUAGGUCUCUUCCAUCAUCUGAAGUUGACAGUGCACUAAACCUUUCUCUGGAUGCUAGAAAGUUGGAAGAAUUUUGCAUAUCAAUUGUUGAAAAGAUAAAGGAUGCUUUUGGUUGGCCCGGUGAUAUAAUUACUGAAACAAGCAUCGGUGCCUGGACUGGGGAAUUACCAUCCUACUUGAGGAUGGUUGGUGAAGCUGAUUCCAAUAGUGAAGGCAAUUCAGUGGCCCCUCUAAAUAAAAUUGACGAAGACAUGAGAAUUUCUGCUCAAGAGAUCGCUAGUUAUCAGGUGGUUUUGUCAUCGGAUGGAAAGAUAGUUGGGUUUCAACCUUUGAGCCGGGUUGCUGUUAAUCACUGGGCUGCUAACCCCUUAGCAAAGGAGUUGUAUGGUGGGAGAAAGCUUUCCCCUGGUUUUAUUGAACCUGGUCCCAAGGUCAACCAUCCCAAUGAGCUUGUGGUAAUGGAGUUGCUCAUGUCAGUAAAUCCAGAUUCCUGUUUUGCUUUGGCCAGACCAUUGCGAUGAUCGUUGCCUUGUAAUUGUAUGUGAAGACUGCUGCCUGGAAAUGUAGAUGCUAGAUUAUACACCAAAGGAAUGCCCAAGUUCUCUCCGGCAUUAGCAUGUUUAGCCUUGUGAUUUGAAUGAGUUUUUGGAAGUUUAUUAUAGGAAAGAAAGGGUGCCUUCCCCUCUAAACAAUUUCUUGUUCAAAUGGUCUACUGAUUAUAUUGACAAUCUUUUUCCGAGCAAGGACUAUUUAACUCCUCAAAAGCAAUAUAACAUCCUCGUGAACUACUAAUGUAUAUACCAUCUUCCAUUUUUUGC